AUGCCCAGAACACCAGAGCCCCGCUUCACAUGCACCAUCCCGUCUAUCCACGAUGACAUUCCUCUCAACGUUCGCCUGUAUCACCCCGAUUGCCUCUCUCGGCCAGAAUCCAAGGAUUCGAAACAUGAGGAGGAAGCGGAGGCGAAAUGGCAGAAGAAAGGAAUUGUAAUGGCACAUCCGUACGCUCCCAUGGGCGGAAGCUAUGACGACCAUGUCGUAAAUAUCGUCAUAGACGAGUUUCUAAGGAAGGGGUGGAUAGUUGGUACAUUCAAUUUCAGGUGUGUAGGAGCUCAUGGCAGCAAAGGGCGAACCAGCUGGAGCGGCAGGCCCGAAUCAGACGAUUACAUCUCUUUUGCGGCUUUCUUCAUGCACUACCUCUCGUAUCUCCGCCCGAACCCUCUACCUACCGCCGUCUUCACCCCUGAGCCACCACUUGCUCCGACGAAAAAAUCGAGAGAUGAUGCGCCCGUCAUGGUCCUGGGCGGCUAUUCCUAUGGCUCCAUGAUUCUCCGUCACUUGCCCCCAGUUCCUUCUAUAUUGCAACCGUUCGCUUCGCCCCUCGAAGGCUCUGCAGCAGACGAGAUACUGCUUCGUGCACACAAGCUAGCCGACCAGAUCAAUCUAAAGUGGAUUAAUGAAGCACGGGCAUCAGCUGAGCGCGGGCGACGGAGACACGAGACAAAACUCUCGGUAACCAUGGGUGGUGAAGAGACGAGCCCUAAGAAACGGAGGAGCAGUAGGGAUAUCCGACGAAGUAUGGAAGGAAGCAAUGGACGCAGAAGCCUCAACAUCAGCGAGGGCCUGAGAAGUAUCAGUCACAGACGGUCCCCUCACCCUCAAGUAACGCCAGAACCCACAGCCCCAAGGCCAGCAAUCAUGAUGCCCGAUGUUUGUUACCUGCUUGUUUCUCCACUUACAGCGCCCAUCUCGACACUUGCCGCUCCAUCUUUGGCACACAAGUUCUGGAGCAAAUCGGCGAAUAGUACUACUAGUGACGUGAUCGCCAAGCAUCGCUCGUUGGUUGUCUACGGAGAUCGAGAUCAAUUCAGCUCAGUGCACAAGGUGCGAGAAUGGGUGCGUCGAAUGCAGAAUCAAGGCUCCUCCCAGUGUUCAGCGGAUGAGAUUGAAGGUGCAGGGCAUUUUUGGAAUGAACACAGUGUGGAGAGCAGGUUGAGGAGUGCGAUUGAGCAGUGGGAGAGAAAAGCGAGGGAGCGACCAGCGUAA